CUCCCUCCACCAUUUCCCACUCGCAUUCCCAACCGCCAGACCUCUACUCCCGCUUGCACACCAGCGUUGCACCACUGAUCCACUUCACCAUGGACGCCCUCGCCUGCGUCGCGCCGCCCGCGCUGCUCUCCCGCUCCUUCGCCGACGCCGCCAUCGCCCGCGCGCUCCACUUCUCCCUCUCCGCCGCCGGCCGCUACCCCGUCCCCGACCCGCCCUCCACCCUCGGCGGUGCCUGCAGCGCCGCUUCCACGACGGCCCCGCCCGCCUUCUGCCCGCCCGCGCCGGCCUCGCUGCCCAUGGCGGCGCCGUCCGCGCGCUGCAAGCAGCUCGGACCCUCCGCCGGCCGCGCGGGGAAGCGGCGGCCGCGGCCGUCCAAGCGCGUGCCCACCACGUACAUCAGCGCCGACGCCGCCACCUUCCGCCUCAUGGUGCAGCACGUCACCGGCGCCGACCCCGACCCGCACCUCCACGCCGACGCCGCGCUCGCUCUCCUCAUGCCGCCCUUCGGCGUCGACCACCUGCUGCCGUCGGACCCCGCGGCGGCCGCGGCCCACGUCGCCGCCUACGCGCUCCCGCGUCCGGAGGCGGCCGAGCCGCCGUGCUUCCCCACGCUCGACUCCUGGAACGUCAUAUACGACAAGAACUAGCUCGUCUCAGACUCAAGGAAUACGCUUUGUACAGCCAGCAUGCAGCUGAUGAUCGAUGGCGCCGUCGUGCGUGGCUUUGUGAUCUACGUAGUGGAGUAUUUCCCUCUUUGGAUGUGGUAGAACGGUAGAUUAGAUCGAAGGUGUAGUGAUGUAUGCCAGUGCGAGAACUACCAGUACGCGGCGUGCGUGUUGGUGUGGCAGUGUUGCAAUGCAAACUUUGCUAAUGUCCAUGUUCAUCAGGUUUCAGGCGC